AUGUCGGACCGAUACCCAGGCAUAGCCUACCCCCGCACGGAUGGCACGGAAUACCGAGCCCAGCCCUCUCCUCACUUGCAGGCCCCCACGGGGUUUACACAAAGGCCGGCGUACCAUUUGGAGACCAGCCAGCAGGCAUAUUCCAGAACUCACAGCCUUCCAGCAGCCCAGACCCAGGCAGCACAGAACAAAUUCCCGCAGGUUUUGUACCGGUCCCAGACAAACGUGACAGUCCAUCCGACAGAUGGGCCCCACCACCAUGCUCUGCCUCCCCAGGCUGGAGGAUGGCCGGGGUACGAAGGUGAGAAAAUACAGGAGCGGUACGGCAGCGAACCUCUACCGGUGGCUUCGGAAGCGCAAACGGGAUACCCGGGAGUCGCAGGUGCUGGGCUGGGGUAUCCACAGAUAUCCGUCUGCGUGGACCAGCACAUGGAAUGCCGCAAGCGGGCCUCUCAAGUCUCUCAGACCAAGCCAGAGCUUGAUCCAACGGUUAGGCCUGACACACCGAAGCCUGUACCUCCCGAGAGUGGAAAGUAUGAGGCAGAGAAUCGGGCGAGGAAGAAGUGGGGUCAAGUAACGCAGUCUGGCCCAACAGAGGGAGGCAGCGGAGAGGGUGAGUGCAGGCAUGUUGUUGGCAUAGCCUUCAACACCCAAUUGAGCCUGUCUGCAUUGCUACCAGUGCUUUGUUAG